AUCAUUGUUCGAGGGGGCGGGGGAGAGGAGCGCAAGACUGUCAGAGAGAAGAGGAAAUCUAACAAGUGAGAGAACUGUUGCAUUUCGGUAAAGACGUUUACCAGUAGAUUUCAAGAUUAAAUCUACAAAAUGUAUCGUUAGAAUAUUUUAGAAUAUAAAAAGGACGUGAAAAGUUAAUUAGUUAAGUCACUGUCUAUUAGUUAAGUCACUGUCUAUUUGCCUCGGGUGUUGAUGGCCGGGUGAUCUGUUACGCACUGACUGAAGAAAAAAAAACGAUUGGCGCACGACGGCUCAUUGUAGCAGGCUAGCCUUUAAUCAGAGUGAAUAGUUUGUGGUUUACGACAACAUUUUUGGUCAAAUUAGAAAAAAACGGAAAGUGGACUUGCUGUUAGUUUUCGACUUCGUCGGACUACUCUAUAGCUUGACAUCUCACCAAGGCGAAGGUGAGGAGGAUGAGCUGUCCUCACAGAUUUCUCGACCACGUUGAAAGUCUGACUGCACUUGGCUGAGAAAAUCACCAUACCACGUCGUAUCGCAGAUUAUCGACACUUCUAUUGAGCAGCGAGGAGGAAAAGAAUGCUCCUGGCACAAGAUGUCUGAUUCGGAAGCAAACAGUGGAACCUGAGAUAUUCUCUGCUACGACUCAGCGCGCCACAAAAAAACAGAGGAACAAGUUUUCAUGAGGAACAGAACAUUUUCUCAACACUGUGUUUUGAUAAAUACUGACUUAAAAAUAUAUAUAUAUAUAUCUGAGAGGGGAAUGUGUUAGUCUACCCAUGAGGAAAACACACCCAGGAUUAAGCGAAUCUAAAAUACAUAGAGAAAGAGAAGCACAAGGAAAGAGGAAGGAAAAAAUACCAGAGAUUUAAACAUUUUUUUUCAUUCCCUUCCACUGAUCCUUGGACCAGACAAGUGAGUGCCCUUCACUGAAUGCCUUGGGUGAGAUGGACUCCAGUGGGAAUACUGGAGCAGCAGACCCCACCUGACAGCUCUCCAACUGAGAAAUAUAAGGACAUUUCAACAGGAGAUUCUGCUGACAUUUUGUCUGAAAAAUAUUUAUAUUUUUAAAGAACCCUCUAGAACCAUCUACAAUCUACUAUAUUCCAUCCCAGGGAAAACCCUUGUAUUUAUCCUUCCAAAGAACUGGAUGUGUGACUUAGUCCGUUUCAACCCAUGUAUGCAACACGGAGAAGGUGUCCACACUCAACUGGCUGGUUUCACCUCUAGUCCUCCAAAGAUAAUAACAUACUACUUUUGAAAUCAGUGAGAUCUUUACUGAAAAUAGGGAUGAAAAACGUGAAUAAAUAUUGCUUUGCGGAUGAAAAGUCCAAUCUUCAAAAAUAGAUGUGAAGAAAAAGGUGUUGAGAAAUCCAAAGAUAAACCUAGUCAUUUUUGUUAUUAUUUAAUGGAAGGGAAAAACAUGUUUCUCCUCCUGACAUUUGACUUCAACAACUCCUGAGCUUUGUUGUUCCUUCAGUGUCCUAUAGCAUCUCCUUCCUUUCUUUACAUUGAAAUCUCCUGUAUUUCCAGUCUCUCCUCAUAACCCUCUUACCCUUUCACUCUCCCUCAUUUACCCCUUCUUUCCCUUUAUUUGACCUAACUACCUCACCACCUACUCACGGUGUAGAACCUCUCUGCCUCCUCCCCUUUCCCCCUCAGCGCCUCUCUCUCACCAUCUUUCCCCUUAGUCCCGGUUAUCCCAGAGUUCAUUCUGGCCGGCACCACCGUUCCGGCCAAGGGGGAGGAGGACUUCCUUACGCUGGCCGCCACCCGGCUCAGCCGCAGGAAACGUGUCAUCGGGGCAGGAGUGGGCGUGGCCAUGGUGCUGGUGCUGCUGGUUGCCAUCCCCUUAUUGGUUCACACCACCAAAGGGGGCGCGUCUGGGGGCGGGAGCACCCAUUAUGAGAUGCUCGGCAGCUGCAAGAUGGUGUGCGACUCUUUCACCCCCCCACAGGGAAGCCACGAGCUGACUGCUGUCUCCCCCCAACCCCCAGACUUCACUGGGAGAAGGGGCAAAUCUGGGUUUCGUGGGAGCCCUGGACCCCCAGGCCCCCCAGGCCCCAGAGGUCCCCCUGGAGAACCAGGCAAGCCAGGCCCCCCUGGGCCCGCCGGCCCUGGCCCAGGGGGCUACGUCCCCUCCUUCUACAGCCCCAAGAUUGCCUUCUAUGCAGGCCUCCGUAAACAGCAUGAAGGGAGUGAAGUGUUGAGGUUUGACGAUGUGGUGACCAAUGUGGGGAACUACUAUGAACCCAGUACUGGCAAGUUCACCUGCCCCCUGCCUGGCAUCUACUUCUUCACCUACCAUGUCCUGAUGAGGGGCGGAGACGGCACCAGCAUGUGGGCCGACCUGAAGAAGAAUGGACAGGUGAGGGCCAGUGCCAUAGCCCAGGAUGCUGAUCUGAACUAUGACUAUGCCUCCAACAGUGUCAUCCUGCACCUGGACGUGGGGGACGAAGUGUGUGUGCAGCUCGAUGGGGGCAAAGUCCACGGAGGAAACACCAACAAAUACAGCACCUUCUCUGGCUUCCUCAUCUACCCUGACUGAUGGCAUUCAUGCGUUACACAUACACACACAAACAUACAGCCACACAAAACAAAUAAUCUCCCAGGCAAACAUAUACAGCACCUUCUUCAGGAUUCUCAUCCAACCUGAUUCUCUAAACCUCUCUCUCUCUCUCUCUCUCUCUCUCUCUCUCUCUCUCUCUCUCUCUCUCUCUCUCUCUCUCUCUCUCUCUCUCUCUCUCUCUGUUGCUAAACACACACAUUAUUUAAAGAAACAGAUGCAGUGGGAAAAGGAAAAUGUAUAUUUGCUCUGUGUUUUUUAUGUCUAUAAAAGUUUGGAUAGUGGCCAAAACAUAACAUUCCAAACCAAGUGCAGUUAGAAGGCAUCUAAUGUGCAAGUGUGUAUAUAGAAAUGUUAAUUUAAUAUAAACAUCCAUUCGUUUGUCGUGCUGCAGCACCCUUACUUCCCACGGCUAUGGGUCCGCGGAGGUACUGCAGGGGGUCCGUUCGCCUGCAGGUCUAAAGAAAGUAUAUAUUUUACAUUUCUUUUUAAAAUUUUUAUUAAUAUUACUGUGUUGUGUAAUUCUCAUGAUAUCCCUGAAUCACAGAUAUUUAAAUUCAACUAGCAUGUAAGUAUGUGGUGAUAAACAAGAAUUAUGUCAAGACAAAAAAAUAUAUAAUCUUGAUAUUGUGUAUAUUCUUAAAGUUACAUACACUCCCCUCCAAAUGUAUGUGGACAGUGAAGGAUUUUUUGUUAAAUCCAGCAUUUUAGAUUUGAGAUAGAAUGUUGAGAUAGAAUGUUGAGAUAGAAUGUUGAGAUAGAAUGUUGAGAUAGAAUGUUGAGAUAGAAUGUUGUUUCAUGCAAGGCGACAGUGCAGAACGCCACCUUUUAUUUUAGGCUUAUUUUCAUACAUAUCCGUUUUACCGUUUAGAAAUCAAAGCACUUUAUGUAUCAAAGCACUUUAUUUAUCCAUUUGAAUAAGUCAUAAGUAUUUGUACAAAUUCACUUACUCUGUAUUAAAGUAGUCAAACGCUAUAAGUAUUUGGUCCCAUAAUCCUUGCACACAACGACUACAUCAAGCUUGUGACUCUAAAAACUUGUUGUAUGCAUUUGCGUUUGUGUGUGUGUGUGUGUUUUGGAGAGAGAAAAUUGCCCAAUAGGGACUAGAUACAAAAAGUGUUCUCCUUUCUUAACGGUAAAAGAGAUAGCCUAUGCAUGAAAAUGCCCCCAAAUAAAAGAUGACAUUCUGUACUGUUGCCUCAUAUGAAUCAUGUGUUCUCAAAUCCAAAAUGCUGGAGUAUAGAGCCAAAAAAACAGCUUCACUGUCCAAAUACAUACGUAUGGAGUGGAGUGUGUAUAUUCACUUCUGAUGUACACACAUCUGUGUAUAUGAUCAGGUAUGUGGAAGCAUACAUGACUCGCAUGCAUUACAUGCACACACACACACACACACACACAGAAAUGCACACACACACACAGUGAUUAAUUGACUUCCCCUAUCUAGUGUUGCAUUGACAGGAGCUGACCAUUUCGACCACCAGUGUGGAAUUGAGUAAAAUGGUCUCAGAAUGCAGACUGUAAAUCGAACACUUCGAGCUUGGCUGCGGGGCCUCCCGCCUCCCUUCUUCGCUCCGAGAUGGAUUUCCAAUACGGCUGAAGACACAAAACGAGAAAAGUCAUGAAUAUAUUGAUCGGAGCUGAUAAUACACGCAACAUCACGAACAUCAUCCAGUAUGGUGUGUGUGUGUGUGUGUGUGUGUAAAGAUAAGUAUCAUGUUGUUGUUAGUUUUACCCACAUGGCCCCUGGCUACAGCUAUGGGGGGGUCCCCAACACACAGGAUAUAAAUGAUGAGGCUUAUGGCAGACAGAUACACUAUUAUUCCAGACCUUAUGGUGGAUGAUAGAACAUCAUCAUGUUCCACUAAUGAUCCCAGACAUCCUGUGUAAAAACCCUCAACUGUUGGCAGGACUACUAUAGGAUUACUAUUCCUAUAUUCACUUUACAUUCAAUUGAUAACUUAGCAAUUUAAAAUGGGUGUCAAAUGCAUACACAGAGAUGGAGCUUUAGAUCAUACUGGUUAUUUGUAUAUAGAUGAGUCUUCUUUUCUUCAAAGGUAAAGCAGACGGUUUGUUUACAGGGUGGAUAUGGACAUUGAGGAUUCAUCUUGUACAGAACAAGUAGUGUCUUCAAUGGAAAUCUUUGUGUGUUUUAUUGAAUGUACCAUACAUUGCUAAUUGUAAAUUCAAUCCAAAUAUGCAGGUUCAGGUUGAUGCUGUCGGUCAAAGAUGUUAUGCAAACACUUGACACAGUGGCAACGAGAAUCUAUAAUGUUUCACUUGUGUUAUCGAUCAAAAUGGAUUUCAUGGCGAUUUCCGUGUGGCGACAUUAUUAUCUUGUCAUACCAUAACAAAAUACAACCAUCUUUACAUCGAUGUAAAUGCCCUGCCUAGACAAUACCAUGAAAAACACGCAUCUGUUGUUAUAGCAUCAUACAUGUAUCUAAUGUAAGUAGUUGUAUAUGUUACAGGACUUCAGAGGACGGCUCUAUUGUAACAAGUAGUUGUAUUAGGAAAACCACAGAAUAAACCAUUGCUGCUGCAGGGAUGAUACUGCUACUCCAUGUGUGUGCAUUAAUGUUACAACACUGUAUACCGGUGUGUGUCGAGUCUCAGGUCCAACUACAGGACAGAGCUUUGGGCUUGAUCUAGAGACAGAACACUGGUUAUUAUCAAACUGCAUCAGUCAGAUGAAAACAUUAUUCCUGUAUUAUACCUUUAAUGGACAGUAUUGCAACAACCAUCUACCAUCUCAUUUACACCAAAGUAAUGUACAGAUUAGUUUGUGUGUGAGUGUACAUGAUCUCUCUCUGUGUCAUGCUGCAUUCUGCUGUGUUCCCUGGCACUAAACAAUGUUAAAUAACUUACUGUUGAAAAAGAAACCUGAUUCUUGUUUUUGAACAGUAUGAAUUGAUUGUUGUCACUGUACCUUGCAAGCUGAGCUGUGUGUGUAUAUUUUAUGUAUAAUACUAAAAACUCAGCCCUAAGACUAUAUAUAAGACCUCCAAUAAACCAAUGUGAAGACGC